AUUAAACUACAAGAGAAUUAGACAUCUAGAAAUAAUGGAAUUUGUGAUCAAGUUGCAAAAAAUACAGGUUGCCUAUACGCACAGUUUCCAACUGAAAUGGCAUUUGAAAACUGUAUAAAGAUAUUUAGAAAUGAUGGAAUUUGUGAUCAGAUUAGCAAAGAAUGCAGAUUGUCCAUACACAGUUUCCAAGUGAAAUGGUAUUUAAAAACUAUAAAGAUAUCUAGAAAUCAUGGAAUUUGUGAUCAAGUUGCAAAAAAUACAGGUUGCCUAUACGCACAGUUUCCAACUGAAAUGGCAUUUGAAAACUGUAUAAAGAUAUUUAGAAAUGAUGGAAUUUGUGAUCAGAUUAGCAAAGAAUGCAGAUUGUCCAUACACAGUUUCCAAGUGAAAUGGUAUUUAAAAACUAUAAAGAUAUUUAGAAAUGAUGGAAUUUGUGAUCAAGUUAGCAAAGAAUGCAGAUUGUCCAUACGCAGUUCCCAAGUGAAAUGGUAUUUAAAAACUAUAAAGAUAUUUAGAAAUGAUGGAAUUUGUGAUCAAGUUAGCAAAGAAUGCAGAUUGUCCAUACACAGUUCCCAAGUGAAAUGGUAUUUAAAAACUGUAAAGAUAUUUAGAAAUCAUGGAAUUUGUGAUCAAGUUAGCAAAGAUUGCAGAUUGUCCAUACGCAGUUCCCAAGUGAAAUGGUAUUUAAAAACUAUAAAGAUAUUUAGAAAUGAUGGAAUUUGUGAUCAAGUUAGCAAAGAAUGCAGAUAUCUAGAAAUAAUGGAAUUUGUGAUCAAGCACUAGCAAAGAAUGCAGGUUGCCUGUACACAUAUACACAGUUCCCAAGUGAAGUGAACGUUUUAAAAUUGUAUAAAGGUAUUUU